GCUCUGAAGUAAGAACAAAGCAUCAGGGAGACGGACAAUCGUUGUGUGUUAUGGAGGGAAUUGAUUUGAGUACCACCCAGACUGAAAACAGUGAUGGUUCAGAUGAGGCGAAGACCAGGGAUAGUUUUGGGAAUGGUAGUGAUGAUAGGAUGGAAGUAAGCGAGAGUGAAGACAGGUCAGACGAUGAGCAAUGCACAAUGUUCAAUGGGAAGCCUUACAAGGACAUAGAGCUUGAUGACUUGUCUAAUGUGGUGUUCAAGAGUGUGGAGGAAGCAGAGAUGUUCUACCUACACUAUUCAGUUGCAAAGGGUUUCAGCAUAAGAAAAUACAAAUUGGCCUGGAACAGUGAGAAUACAGUAAUUAUCAGAAGAGAAAUGGUAUGUGCAAGGGAAGGGGUGCGCAAUAAGGGUAAGAAAAGUAGGGUGUGUGAGGAAGAUGUUGACGCAGGUUUGGAGGAUAGGUUGAUUCACAAAACUAAGAAAGAGAAUAAGCAAAAAGUGUUGCACAGAUCAGAUGUGAAGGAUAGUGAGAAGAGUUGUAGGGGGAAGAAAAUGGUGAAGCUAGUUAGUUCAAGGUCGCGGCGACUAUCAAGGCAGAAAUGCCUUGCACAAUUCACCGUGAAAUAUGAUAGAAAAAAGGAGGGAUAUUAUGCGUCGUCGUUUAGGACGGAACAUAAUCAUCCACUGACUCGACUUGUGCAUAGACAGUUUAUGAGAACAAAUCGCUUGGUUAAGGAGCACGACAUUGCUCAGGUAAAUGCACUUAGGAAGGUUUCUGUUGGCACAGCUCGUGCUUACGAGUUCCUUGUUCAUCAGGCAGGAGGCCAUGAGUUUGUUGGAUUUACCAUAAGAGAUUUGUACAACAGAGUUCAGGAGGAGAAUAACAAGCUGUUGCUGGAUGGUGAUGCACAAUGUUCGAUUAUGUGGAUGAAUAUGAAAGCAAUUCGAGACCCUAUGUUCUACUGUUUGUUUAGUGCAGAUGUGAAGGGUAGGCUGGCGAACAUGUUUUGGCGUGACGGGCAGUCCUACACGGAUUAUUGUUCAUACGGGGAUGUUUUGAUAUUUGACAGUACUUACAAAACCAACAUGUAUGGGAAGCCUCUGGUAGUUUUUGUGGGAACGAACAACCACAGAGGUACUGUUAUAUUCGGUUCUGCACUUCUUGUUGACGAAACAGAAGAAACAUACAAUUGGGUGUUAACUGCAUUUUUAGCAUCAAUGAAGCAGAAGAAACCUGUUUCUGUUAUAACUGACAGCGAUGAAGCAAUGAGAAAAGCAUUGGGAAAUGUAAUGCCCGAGGCAAGACACCGGUUAUGUGCAUGGCAUGUUGGGAAAAAUGUAGUGUCGCACUUGAAGGACGCAGGCACACGUGGUCAUUUCUUUCAUCUAAUAUUUGCUGGUUUGAGCAUAGAGGAUUGGGAAACUUCUUGGGAGUACUUGUUACAAUGAAUAAGUUAAGAGGAUAACUCAUGGAUUAGUGGGAUGUAUAACAAAAGACAGGUGGGCGGAAGACAAAGGUGACGACAUUGUAAAAAACAUAAAACAAAUCAUUAAGACUAAAUUAUCGUC